GUCCAUGCUGCUGUGAGAGAGCUGUCUUUGGAGACUGAGCACCGGAGAACCGUCGAGAAGCCUUUUUUUUUUUAAAUCCACAGGUAAUUUCACAGGCAGACUGCACAGAAAGAUGGCGGCUUCCCUGCUGAGGAUAGGACGACUGGGUUGUGUCAAGUGUUUGCAGGCUGAGAGCUGGAUCACUCUGAGUAGAGCACCUUCAGCUGCGGCCUUUAGCUCAAAAUCUGGUGGUUCUAAGAAGUCAUCCAAGAAGAACUCAGACAAAGACCAGGGUAAAACAUACUUCGAUAUAGAGAAACUUGUCCAGCACAAGACAGUCAAUCUUCCCAAGAGUGAUGUUUCUCAGGCAGUGGCCGCUGCUGCAGCAGCAGCCGAAGCGGCAGCAAAACCUGUCGAGGCGUCCACCACCGCUGCUGCUGCACCUGAGGCUGUAGCUGAGGCAAUUGUUGAAGCCACACCUGUGGUCGAAGCCGUCGCAGAAGCUGCACCAGUCGUCGAGGCCGUCGCAGAAGCCGCACCUGUGGUCGAGGCUGUUGUGGAGGCCGUUGCAGAAGCCGCACCUGUGGUGGAAGCUGUCGCAGAAGCCGCACCUGUAGUCGAGGCCGUCGCAGAAGCCGCACCUGUGGUUGAAGCCGUGGCAGAAGCCGCACCUGUGGUUGAAGCCGUGGCAGAAGCCGCACCUGUCGUGGAGGCCGUCGCAGAAGCUGCACCAGUGGUCGAGGCCGUCGCAGAAGCUGCACCUGUGGUUGAAGCCGUGGCAGAAGCCGCACCUGUGGUUGAAGCCGUGGCAGAAGCCGCACCUGUGGUUGAAGCCGUGGCAGAAGCUGCACCUGUUGUGGAGGCCGUGGCAGAAGCUGCACCAGUGGUCGAGGCCGUUGCAGAAGCUGCACCAGUGGUUGAAGCCGUGGCAGAAGCUGCUGAAGCGGCACCUGUGGUGGAAGCUGUCAAUGAAGCCGUAGCAGAGAUUGUUGCAGAAGCUGCACCUAUUGUUGAAGCUGUUGCCGAAGCUGUCGUCGAGGCUGCACCAGUGGUUGCUGAAGUGUUACCUGAAGCCGCACCAGUGGUUGAAGUAGUCGCUGAAGCUGCAGCAACCAUAGCUGAAGCUGCUGCUGAGGCCGCUUCCCCCGAAGCUGAAACUGCAGCACCAGUAGAAGAGGUUCCUGUUGAAGCAGCACCAGCUGCUGAAGAACCUGCAGCUGAAGCGGCCCCUGAAGCCCCUGCGGCUGAGGCUGCACCUGUUGCAGAAGUUCCCGUUGAAGCGGCUCCUGAAGCCCCUGCUGCCGAAGCUCCUGUAGAAGCCGCUGCCGAGCCUGCUGCUGAGGCCCUAGCCGAACCGGUUGAACCGUUUGAGGCUCAAAUGGACCCAAUUCAGAAACUCUUCUUGGACUCCAUACGUGAAUACUCCACAAAAAGCCAGGCCUCAGGCGGGCUAGUGGAGGCAGGUGCGGAGUACGAAAAGGCUGUGGCAGAGGAGGUUGCAAAGCUCCAGAGACUCUACGGGGGUGGAGACCUCGCAGCUUUCCCAGAGUUCACAUUCACAGAGCCUAAGUUUGAUGAAGUGGCCCAGAAGUGAACACCAGCACUUUAACAAACAUGCUUUUCUACUGUCGCCUUCCCGCCUGUACGUCUGUGCUCCAUAGUGGACUGCCAACAGUCUGCUUCCUGUCAGAGUGUCAUCAAACCCCGCCUCCAGCUGCGUCUGUCAGUAGUUAGAUAUUUGAAUGGGAGUGUACUCUGAAGGGAUUGAGCUGUACAUUUCUGCAAAAUAAGGGAACUCUGAGCUGUGAAAUAAGCUUUGUGUGUUGAGCUGAAUGUAGGGAAAAAUAAUAAUAAAUUCCACUUCCUA